AGGCUGAGCUUGCUGCCUUGCCUGGGUAGAUGGAGUGAAGAGUAUCAAGCCAGCCGGCAGGUCCCCAUCGCAGGGCAGCAGCCAUGAGCCUGGUGGCCUGUGAGUGUCCGCCUGGGCCCAGCCCAGAGCCAGAGCCCUGUUCAAGAGUUCGAUCCCAGGCCAGGGAGUACCUGGAACAGAUCCGCAGCCGGGUGGCUCCGGGAGCAACUGACAUGACCAAGCGUGACUACCUGGUGGAUGCGGCCACACAGAUCCGGCUGGCCCUCGAGCGGGACGUCAGUGAGGACUACGAGGCUGCCUUCAACCACUAUCAAAACGGGGUGGAUGUCCUGCUUCGGGGUGUGCAUGUGGACCCAAACAAGGAGCGAUGCGAGGCUGUGAAGCUGAAAAUAGCCAAGUACCUGAGGCGGGCAGAGGAGAUCUUUAACUGUCACCUACAGCGGACACUGGGCCCAGGGACCAGCCCUGGCACGGGUUUCAGCAGCCUGCGGCUCCGGCCCAUCCGUACGCUGAGCUCAGCUCCAGAGCAGCUAAGGGGCUGCAGGGUGGUCGGGGUCAUCGAGAAGGUGCAGCUGGUGCAGGACCCGGCGACUGGAGGGACCUUCGUGGUGAAGAGCCUGUCCAGGUGCUACGUGGCAAGCCGGGAGAGGCCGACCAUCAUCCCCCAUGGAGUCCCCUACAUGACGAAGCUGCUGCGGUACUUCAUGAGCGAGGACUCCAUCUUUCUGCAGCUGGAGCAUGUGCCAGGAGGAACCCUCUGGUCCCACCUGCUGUCCCAGGCGCGCCCCCAACAGCCUGACCUCAGACCAGGCAUCAGCCUAGAGACCUCAAGGAAGCAGCCCAACAACUGCCUCAGUUUCCGGACCUCCACAGCACUGCCCCUGCGCUACCUCCGCAUGCAAGAACAACCUUCCCUGGGGCCUCUACAGACCUGUGGAAGCCUUGGCUUUGCCGGGAAGACCCCCACUAUGCCAACCCUGAGAGGGGCAGAAGGGUCCCCUUUGGCCAGGCCUGGCACCACCUGUCCCUUGAACCUUCCCAAGGCCCCAAGCGGCUGCCUGGGUGUCGGUGGCCGGCGGGGAUGUGGCCAGAGCUUGGACACAGCCACGGCGCCCCCUUGGGGACUCUCUUGGGUCAGGCAGGGGGCUGAUCGGGUGCUGGGGGGCUGCGGCCGAGGCCGAGGUCAGGGUCCCCCCUCGGUUGGGGGAGCCAAUUCGAGGCGUGGCAGUGGGGGCUCCUGGACAGUGAGGGAAGAGCAGGCCAAGCAGUGGGCAGCUGAAACGCUGGUGGCCUUGGAGGCGCUGCAUGCACAGGGGAUCCUCUGCCGGGACCUCAACCCACGGAAUUUGCUUCUAGACCAGGCAGGCCACAUCCGACUCACAUAUUUCGGCCAAUGGUCCGAGGUGGAGCCCCAGUGCUGCAGGGAGGCCUCGGACAACCUCUACUGCGCCCCAGAGGUGGGCGGUAUUUCUGAGCUGACCGAAGCCUGUGACUGGUGGAGCUUCGGGUCUCUGCUGUAUGAACUGCUCACAGGGACGGCGCUGUCCCAGAACCACCCCUCAGGAAUCCAGCCCCACACCCAGCUCCAGCUGCCCGAGUGGCUCAGCCGCCCAGCUGCCUCCCUGCUGGCAGGGCUUCUGCAGUUCGAUCCUACCAAGCGCCUCAGUGUCGACAAACUCAAGUCCCACCCUUUUUUCAGUACCAUCCAGUGGAGCAAGCUGGUGGGGGACGAAGGGAGAGGGUGACAGUCACUUGGAGCUGACACCGUUGAAGGGAGGUGUGGUUAGGACCCCACCCUCCACCAUGCUGCUGGGUGCACCCUAAGGCCUUGAACAGAGAGCCCCAUGCUAGAGGGGUCUUCAGGCCCGAGUGCUGUGUUGCCUACCAUCUCUCCCUCCAGCUGGCCUCGUGAUCUUGCGACUUGCCCCCUGCGGCUUUGGGACCCACUCGGGACACUCUGGACAUUCAUCUCAGGAUACUGGUGCACUCAUUGACCGCAAACCAGGCCUGUCCUCCCUGGGUGGUCACCUCUGCCAGAGGAUCCUGUGCAGGAUGUGACCACAGGCGAUGCUGA